AUUAAACAAAAUGACUAUGUCGUUUUCGUUACAAGCAAGGGUGUGAAAAACUAACGCCGCUUUUCCUGAGUCCGUUAUGACGUCUUUGUUAUAAUGGCUGUUGUUGGGCUGAUGUGUGUAGCCUUGCAGCUUUAUUGACUCUGUGUUUAGGAUUUUAUGUAGGUUAUAUUUAUCAAUGAAAGCAUUUGAGUCAGAUGAAGAGGAGGCAGAGCACCUGGGCGCCAAGCAGAAGGAGCAAAGACAGCGAGCUAACCUGAGCUUCCAGCAGCUGAGAAGCACUCUGGAGCAGCUGGACCCUGAUGGAGAGGACGUCCAACCCGGUGGAGCUAACCUCCUCACAGCAGCGGCUGAAGAGGACAAGGCAGCGUGGAGUCACAAGACGCAGAGUGAAGCUGUUAACCAGCUGAAGAGCCUCCUUCUAAAGCAGGGCAGGGAAAUCUCCUCCUCUCUGCCUCUUCCAGAGAGACGAUCUCCAUCCAAGAGGGCGCAGCAGGAAGCCAGGCCCAGUUUACCUGCCUUUCAGGACUUGAUUCCUAUGAAUUAUGACCAGUCAGGGUACAUCCAGCACCUAGAGGCUGAAGUAAAGUUCUGCAAGGAGGAGUUGCAGGAACUGAAACAGCGGAUCAGAGUUGUGGUGGUUGAAAAUGAGAAGCUACAGUCGGAGCUCAAAUCAAAGGGGUGUGAAGACAGUGUGAUAUCCUCAAAAACAGAGACAAACACAUGGAAAAAUGAUCUGGAGCAGCUUAAAGUGAUCCACCAGGCCCAGAUUGAAAGCUUGGAGGCUCAGCUGGUUUCUCUCAGAAAAGAUCUCUCAGUCAGCCAGAAGGAGUGCGAGGAGGUGAAGGUUCGGCUGAGACACAAAGAGAAGCAGGUUGCAGGAGCAUCAAAAGCUGAUGGAGCUCCCUGUGUGGCCGGGUUGUGUGUGCAGUGUGCGCAGCAUGAGGCGGUGCUGGCUGGAACUCAUGCAGAUCUGCAUGUGCAGGCUAUUGAUAGGCUCACUAAGGAGCGGGACGAAUUACUGGCAGCUCUGCGUGCGGUACGGGCUAGUCAGCAAGAGGCCCAGCAGAGGGAGUGGUCAGCCUGUCUUCAGGUUAAACAGGCAGUGGAGAUGGCAGAAGAAGCAAAUCUACAAAAAACUAGAGUGGAGGUGCAGUGUGAGCAGCUUUCCAGGGAGCUGGCGCGCCGGAGGGAACAGCUGGACAGAGAAGCACAUGUGCUGCAGGCCAAGAUGACAGAGGCCAGAGAGGAGGGCCGGGCGGAGGCGCGCAAACAAAAGGAAGAGCUGGCACAAAUGGCAUCCGGCCUUUCUCAGCGUGUCGCUGAGCUGGAAGGGCAGCUAGAGCGAGCUCACCGGGACAAGAACUCUCUGACCAAUCAGCUGGAGGACGCUCUCAGCAAACUAUCCAACUGGGAACAAGACAACACAAAGGUAUCCAUAGAUCUGCGAUAUCAGCUCAGCAAUGCCAGCCUGAAAAAAGAGGAGGCUGAGAGAGAGCUCAGAGAGCUAAAGGCCAAGACAAGCCGAGAGUUGGAAAAAGCUGCACAGGAAGUGGAAAGUCUGAGCUCAGAGCUGGUUUGCUGUCGACAGCGUCUGGAUGCGGCCCAAAGGGUUGGAAGCCAAUGGCAGACCAAAGCCCUGAGCCUAGAAGAACAGCUGGCAAAUGCCCAGCACCAACUGCACCUCACCAGACAGGACAGAGAGAGUGCGGCGCGGGCACAUGUGGAGGAAAUGGCGUCUGUGACCAUCUCAGCGCAGGAGCGGGAGAAGGAGUUGGCGGCCAUGCUGCAGGAAACCGAGGCGCAACACCUGCAGAGAGUUGGAGAGAUGGAGAAUCUCAUGGGUUCCCAGAAUUCCCUAAUCAGGAAGCUCAAAGAGGAAUGCUGCAAACUUGGGGCCAAACUGGAAGAGUUUUCUCAUCACAGCAGGAGUGAGCUGGAACAGCUGGCCUUGGAGAAGCAGCACUUGGAGGAGACGGUGAAGAGUCUGAGAGCUCGCUGCUCAGAAAUGGAGGAGCAGUGCGUCCAGCAUGGACGCAUGCACCAACGCAUGAAGAACAGGCUGCAGCAGUUGGACCGGCACUGUCAGAGCAGCGCGCAGCAGGUGUGUGAGCUCCUGGCCAAACAGAGCCAGCUGAUGCAGGAAAGAAACGCGCUCAGCGAGGAGAUGCAGCAGCUACGAGUAGAGUUACCAAACCCGAGGAGAAAUGAACCCCUGAGUGCAUGAAUUCAUCAUUCCUCAUCUUCAUCCUGGACUUUUCCUCUGUAAAACUUUUUUAAAACAAAGCAAAGUGUAUUUCCAAUCUCUUCCCCAUCAGCAGGCAUUUUAUGUCACUUUCACUCUGAAUGAUGUUUCAUGGUUACAGAAGCCUAUCGUGCUUCAAAUAUUAGUAAAACUCUGAGAAAAAUAGUUUUAAAUGUUCUUGAUAUACAUAUUUGUUUUAUUCAUGAGUUGUUUAAAGGAUUUAUAGGACCAUUCAUUCUAUGA